AUGGGCAACAAAUUCAGCCAGAUAUUCCCGCCCGCGGCGAAGUUUACCGAAAGGAGUCUUCCCGACCAAUCCAACAAAGUCUUCAUCGUCACCGGCUCCUCCACCGGCGUCGGCAAAGAACUCGCCCAGAUCCUCUACUCCCACAAUGCCAAAGUCUACAUCGCCGCGCGCUCCCAAGACAGAGCCUCCCAAGCUAUCGAGUCCAUCAAAGCCCUCUACCCGAACUCCAAAGGCUCUCUAAUAUACCUCCAUCUCGACCUCGACGAUCUCUCCACGAUUAAAGCAUCGGCGGAUGCGUUUCUAGCAAAGGAGAAGAGGCUGGAUGUUCUGUGGAACAAUGCCGGCGUGAUGGUGCCCCCGCAAGGCAGCAAGACGGUCCAGGGAUACGAGAAGCAGCUGGGGACGAACUGCGUCGGACCAUUCCUCUUCACCAAACUCCUUCUACCUUUGUUGAAAGCGAGCGCACGAUUGAAUCCACCAGAGACGACGAGGGUGGUCUGGGUGUCGAGUUCAGCCGCCGAGAUCUCGCCAAAGGGGGGUGUGGACAUGGGGAAUCUGGAUUAUAAAGUCGAUAAGGGAGCGUGGCACAAGUACAGCGUCAGCAAAGCAGGCAACCUGCUGCACGCGCAGGAGUUCGCCACGAGAUAUGGCAGCGACGGGAUCAUCAGCGUGGCUCUCAACCCCGGGAACUUGAGCAGUGACCUGCAGCGGAACCUCCCGGGCUGGCAGAAUGCUAUCCUGCAGAAGUUCCUGUAUGCACCUAUCAAUGGAGCCUACACGGAGCUCUUUGCCGGCGUCUCGCCGGACGUCAAUAUGGAUCAUAAUGGCGGCUGGAUCAUCCCGUUCGGACGCUUUGGGCCACUUAGAGCAGAUCUAGAGAAGAGUGGCAAGUCUAAGAAAGAUGGUGGCUCGGGCAUUGCAGAGAAUUUUUGGGAAUGGACCGAGGAGCAAAUUAAGCCCUAUCUGUAA